CUAGUUGGCCAGAAUUCUACUGCUCAUUGUUUUAACAACUCAACAAUAAUUUUAAAGACAACAUCUUAUUCAAAAUCGAAAUAUUCCAUAAUUAUUAUAAUGGAUGAUCAAAGCGAUCAUAGUUCGGCUGAUCUUUAUGUAGAAGAAGACGAGGAGGAAGCCAACGCUACCGGCACUACUCAGGACACUGAGGUCCCGCAGCCUUCAAGUUCGACUAACCAGAUGAAUGAGAAGACAGAGGAGGAGAAAUUAAAGGCAAUGGAAAUUUUGGAUGAUAUACCGACUUGCAGUAAGUACUGCCAGCCGAGCAACAAACGAUUUGUCGUUAAGAAAUGGAAUGCUGUAGCACUGUGGGCCUGGGAUAUAGCCGUGGAUAAUUGCGCCAUUUGCCGCAAUCACAUAAUGGACUUGUGCAUCGAGUGUCAGGCAACUCAGAAUUUAAAUUCCUUUGAUGAAUGCACCGUGGCCUGGGGCAUGUGCAAUCAUGCCUUUCAUUUCCAUUGCAUCUCGCGUUGGCUGAAGACGCGACAUGUCUGCCCAUUGGACAAUCGCGAAUGGGAGUUUCAGAAAUAUGGACGUUAAAACAUCAAUCAAUCAAAAAACAUAGUUAUACACUUGGAUUUCCACCUCCCCCCCACCACCAUAUAUGUGUAUAAUCGAUCCCCACAAAAAUAAAAAACAUAAAAAACA